UCAAACGCUGAUUUGGAACUAAAGAGUGAAUACUUGAACUAGAUGAAGUAUUAUCUAUAUCCAUCGUGUGAGAUGAAUUCUACUCUCCCUCGCUGUCAAUGCAGCUCAGUGCGCAUGCGCGUUAUCCUUUUGAUUUAUUAAUAUUUAAUAUCAAUGGCUGACGCUGAUUUCUAAAGCAUCUCCUAAAAUUACGAAGAAAGCUUUGACACGUUUUCUGAACAUCGAGGUGAACGUCAGUCUCUUGUGUUUUAUUCGACGAGCUUCGAUCAUAAUCGGUCAGAAUUCAUCUGUAGCACCAAAAUGGGACAAAAAUGUCACAUUUAACCCUUUGCGCUCCAGUGUCGACAUUAACGCGAGCAGAAGAUGAUGCGUCAGGGGCCCGGGGCCGGCAGUGAUUUCUGUGUGGACAGCAGGCCGUCGUGUUUAGCCGAGGACGGGAGACUCUCGCCGAGCCACUUUGAUUUGUGCCCCACCAAGUUCUAUCAGUCUUCUCCUCCGCAGCGGCCUCGACAGAUGUGCUUCGCUUACCUGCCUCCUCCAGCCAUCCUCAAACCCACGCCAUGCCACGAGGAGCCACCGCUGUCCCCGGGGCCCGCUGCCGCUCAGGCCAACGACAAGAGCAGCGACUCCAAGAAGAAGAGUGCGUCAGGGAGGUCUGGGAAACGCGGUCGUCCGGCGGGCACCACCAAAUCAGCCGGAUACAGAACCAGCACAGGCAGACCUCUGGGCACCACCAGGGCCGCCGGCUUCAAGACCAGUCCGGGGCGGCCGCUGGGCACCACCAAAGCCGCGGGGUAUAAAGUGAGUCCCGGUCGCCCGCCAGGGAGCAUCAGGAGCCAGUCGCGCCUGAGCAAACUGAGCUACAGCGCCUGCAGCGGUGCCGCGUUUCCCUACAGCAUCAUGCACAAACCUGGAGCCUGUGACGCUGCGCUGAAGGAGGAGACGACCACAGAAACGCCAAAAAUGCUGUUUCAAGCUCCGCCGUUCCUCCUCACCGGCUUCCCCGUAAGAAACCAAAAAACCCCGCCGCCGAUCAGCGUCAUGCCAUCGGAGGUCUUUUCCCCGGCGGCCAUGUGUCCAGACGGCGGUCAGUCGAGAAACGCUCUGCCGGUACCCAUCCACAGCACUCUGCCAUCAUACUCCUGAACUCCUGAACUCGUCUGUCACACACACACACACACACACACACACACACACACA